AUGUUUGAAAUGUCAACAUUUAAUGUGGAUAAAUUUGUACAUACAUUUAUCCAAAAUUUAGGCUUAAAAAGGGAAUCCCAUGUUUGCAAGAAAUUUAGCAAAAUUGCAUUUAUACCACAUAUAGAUAAGCCUUACAAAAUCAAGCAAUUAUUAGUUUAUUCUGCAGAGAAAAUGAGAGAAAUAAAUAUGCAAGAAAAUUUAGAUUUCUCCAAUGAAAAAAACAUAAAAUAUUUUAUAGAGAAGCAUUUUAGUUUCUUCGAUAAACACAUUUAUUUGAAUAAUACACAGAUAUUAACCUCUUAUUUAAAAAAUAUCAACACAAAAAUUCUUCAAAAUAUGAGGAUAAAGAUGAAAAAUAAUGAAAAUAUAAAAAAAGCAGAAUUCAAAAUGCAUGAAAAACAUAUGAUAUACAAUAAGAAACAAAGAACAAAUUUGGGAAACAGAUUAAGGGGGCUAAAAACUAAUUCAUCAUCACCAAUGGCAUGUAGAGAAAAAUAUAAUAAUUUGCAUAAUUGUGAAAAGAAGAAAUGUAAGAAAGCUGUAAUAUCUGGACAUUCUAAGAUAUUUUGUUGCGAUACAUCUAACAGUCUAAAAGAUAACUGUAGUUUAGAAACUGAUAAUGAUAAGCAGAAUAAUUUUGAUAGGCACAAUUUGGCAAAUAACAUGACAAAUAUUACGAAAAAAGAAAUAGAAAUGACUGAAAAAUUUGUACGGUUGUAUAUAAAGGAUAUAGAAUACAUAAAGAGAAAUAUACAAGUUACACUUCACAUAAAAAAGACAUUAAAAUAUAAUUAUGAUAGACCAAAUCAAAUAAAAUAUAUUGAAACACUUUGCCACCAUGCAAUUCUAUGUUUAAUUGAACCAAGUGAAAAGGGUUUUGUUUUAGUUGAAGAUGAUUUGACAGUUGUCACUGAAAAAUAUCUAUCACAUGGAUACAAAUAUCAUUUUGAAUUUCAGCGAUGAAACCGUGACUUUAUGCGAUCUGUGCAACUUGUUGCUUCAGGAUUAACGCCAUGUCGACCAGUUCGCUUUUUUACAAGGAUAAGUACGCGGUGA